AUGGAGACAAAGGGUUUGAUGCUGAUAACGUUGGCCUGUCUAUGUCAUGUAAUGUUGUCCAAAGCUCAAAGUGCGAGCAACGUGAGGGCAACAUUUAACUUCUACAAUGCCCCCGAAAUCAAUUGGGACUUGAACGCUGUGAGUGCAUUUUGUUCCACAUGGGAUGCCGACCAGCCUUUGGAGUGGCGCAGCCAAUAUGGAUGGACUGCCUUUUGUGGCCCUGUUGGACCUCAAGGCGAGGACUCCUGUGGCCUAUGCUUACUGGUGACUAACACGGAAACAGACGCUCAACAAACCGUAAGAAUUGUGGAUCAAUGUAACAACGGAGGUCUCGAUUUGGACGUCGGAGUGUUUCAAAGUCUCGACACGGAUGGAAAUGGCAAUGCUAAUGGCUUUCUCACAAUCAACUAUGAUUUUGUGAAUUGUUGA